UAAGUGUUCGUCUACGAUCUUCUUACCUUAUCUAUGGUGUUUCUAUAAAUUACAUGCUCUAUAUAUAAAGUAAUAAUCAGAAAUGAAACGGCCGAAACUAUGGAACAUAAUAUUUAUUGGUAUCAUUUUGAAUUGUUUAACAAUUGACGUCAAUUCAUUAAAAGCUACAUCAUUAAUUUUUGCAAAAACAACAACGACCACAACCGAAGCUCCAUUACCAAAUGAAAACGCAGAUGGUGAAAGUACUGCACCUGAAAAUGCAGAUGGCGUGGAAACCGAAACUAAACCCACAUUAACUGGAAUUCCACAAAUUGAUUACAGACAUGAUCCAAAUUUACCACGCGAAUUAAAUGGAUACAAUUUAACAGAUUAUCCAUUUUACUCGAGUGUACCACCAUUAGAAGAAAUUAAUUUCUCUUGUGAUGGAUUACAUGACGGUUUUUAUGCCAGUAUACCGCACAAAUGUCAGGUGUAUCAUCAUUGUCUGUUUGGAACAAGAUACGAUUUCUUAUGUGCAAAUUACACAGCAUUCGAUCAAAAAACCUUCAUUUGUCAUUUUGUAUCAGAAGUGGAUUGUAAUAAUUCUGCAAAAUAUUUCCAUAGAAAUGAUGCUUUGUAUCAAGCUGCCACAACGACGACAACAACAACUACUACACAAGCUCCGCCCGUAACUCAGGCAACAACAACACCAAUACCGCCUUCAGGAGGUGGUGGAAGAAAGGGAUACGGUGGAGGAGAUGGUUAUCGACGAAGACGACCAUAUCGACGACGUAGACCAUACGAUUACUAUGAAGAUGAAUUGGAAGAUUACAGUGAUGAAUAUUACGAUGAUGAACCUGUUCGCUCAAGAGUUAAUAGAAAAAAACCAAUGCCACGUCCAUCAAAUCGUCGUCCAGAAUUAGAAUAUGAAGAGUAUGAAGAUGAAUAUGAUCCUAGAUAUGAUCGUCGUGAUCGUAGAAGACCAAUGAAUGAUAGACGUCGACCAUACGAUGAACGAAGACGCCCAGAAAACGACCGCAAAAGAAUAGAAGAUGAUCGGCAAUAUCCUCAAGACGAGGAGGAUCGACGUAAACCAGUAGAUAGUCGAAGAAAUAAACAACAAGAUGAUAUUGAUGUAGACGAACGAAGAUCAUUUGAAGAUGGCCGUCGAAGACCUGUGACUAGCGAUGAUUAUGAUCGUAGACCUGCAUAUAAUGAGCGUCGUAAACCAGCAAGAAGACCUUACGACGAUGAUGACUCAUAUGAUCGUAAAAGACCGUUAGAUGAUAGCGAUAGACGUCACAGGCCACUAAAAGACGACAGAUACGAGCCAGAAGAACCUAAGCCACAGAUUAAACCAAUCAGUUCAAGUUCAAUAUUCAGCAAACCACGGGCUCCACCAAUAAUAAGACGACCUGUUCCAGUCAAUGAACGAGAAAAAUAUGAUUAUACUACAAAAGGUAACGCUCCUCCAUCUGCUCCAUCUGCUCCAAGUGCCAAAGAUGAUGAAUAUUACGACGACUAUGAAGAUGAACCACCUGUUCCAAUAAAGCCAAGAGUACCACCUAGCAGUCGUAAACCAAUUGAUCCACCCCCAAGAUAUGGAAACAGUCGUAACAGACCAAAUAAUUCUAAACUCCCUGUAGUCGUAGAUGAUCCGUUAGAAGAUGAAUACAAACCACGAAGUUCUUCAAGGCGACCCGUUUAUCGUGAUGAUAUUGAAAGUCCUUACAGAGAUGAUUUUAAAAAUAGAAACAAAAAACGGCCUGUUAUACCAAUUGAUCCCGUUGAAGAUAGACCAGUACAACGACGGCCAAUUAUCGAAGAGGUUUAUCCUGAUGAUUCUAUUACUACUUCCAAACGGAGACCCAUAAUCGAUGAUGAUGAUAGUUCCGUUUUAGAUACAACAUCAAGAUUUAGAAAACCAUCUCGAAUAACAACCACAAUUAAACCUAGACCACCAAGUUCAACUGAAGUAUACGAUGACGAAUAUUACGAUGAUGAUCAUUCCUCUAGAAGAAAUGAAAACGAAAAAUAUAAACCAAAACUUGAUGAUGAAAUUUCACCUGUUAGAGAAGAACAUACAUCGACUACAACACGUGUCGAAACUUCAACUAAAAGAGAACCAUAUAAAAUAGUUCGACGACCAUUCCUACCUAGUAGAGGAGGAAAUCCCCUAGCGGCUCGCGGACUACAACCAGUUGGAUCUAGAGCGCAAGAAACUACAACACCUAAAAAACCAGAGCCAACUUCAACGCUAACAACGACCACACUAAAUGAGAAUAAAUACAUUGAAGAAACUGCAACAGCUUCAAGAUACAAUACUAAUUUUAAAACCAGAGGUCGAUUUACAAAUCCUGGAACCGACAAUACGUCUCCAAGCAAUGAUUCAAAGUAUGAGUAUAUAACUGACGAUGCUCCUUUAGCGGAGCAAGAUCGAGAUGAAAACUCACGAUCUUCGGAAGCAUCAUCUAAUAUUAAAAUUAAUUUACGCAGUAACUACAAUGUAGGUGGAGGUCGAAAUUUUGGAGAAACUGGACCAUCAGGAAAUAAUCCGAAGGUUGAAGAAACAAAAUCUCAUCAAAAUAACCGCGAUACAGAAUUGACAACUUAUGAAGAAGUUCCAAAACCUAAAGAAAAUAAUCGAGGAUCAACUCAUUAUGUACGUCCAAAUUCUUAUGGAGGUCGUGAUCGGGCCCAAAUACCUGAUGUAUCCACAUCAAAACCAAAAGAACAUACAAAUGCUAUUAAAAAUCCAUUAGAUCUGAUUGAAAACGAAUAUGAUGUUACAUUAAAUGAUGCCUUGAAUCCAACUAUACCAAAUAUUCCAAAUCGAAAUUCACCAUCUGGAUUUAUUUUACCCAGAGAGCAUGAUUAUGCAUUUACAAGUUUUAGUUCACGCCCUAGAUAUAAUUAUGAACCAUUAAAUCAAGCAAGUCAGUUUACGUAUCAAAUACAAGAUCCGAUUAGUACGAAUAGUAGAAACGUUCCACAAUAUCAAGCAACACAAUUUUUACAAACAUAUCAACAGCCCACAAAUUAUAAUACCAGAUCUAUUCGACAACCAUAUACAUCUCAUUUCUGAAAUACCCACACUUUUCAAAAUGUACAUAAAUAAAAAAAUAAAAUUUAUAUUCUAA